AUGGCGUGUGCCGAUAUUGCUGCAGCACUGACGGGUCACUUUGGUUCUUUAAGAGGAUUUUCAGAGAGGAAUGUACGGCGGUGGUGCACAGAGCAAGGACUUGGCGCAAAGGAUUUCUGCCCUGACAGGCAAUUGGAAAGUGAAGUGGCGAAAGCUAUCGAAGAGACUGGGUCGUACUACGGAAGAAAAAUGAUGACCGGCUAUCUUGCUACAAAAGGGGUCAAAGCUUCUGAGGGCAGAGUGGGCAAAGUCCUACAAACAGUUAACCCACCAUACCAUGCAGCAAGACAGCAAGGUGCCAGAAACCUUAACCCAGUGCCUUACAAUGCUGAAUAUAUGGGUCACAAGUUACACAUUGACCAAAAUGAAAAAUUGGUCAUGUUUGGAGUGACCCAUGUCAUGGCUAUUGAUGGGUACAGCAAGAAGAUUGUUGGGCAUUCAACAAUGCCCAUCAAAAACAACAUUAUAAUUUAUGAUGAAGUGUACAGGCCAGCUGUGAUGUCCUACAGGAUAUGGGACCAAGUGCGUGUAGACUGUGGAAGGGAGUUUUUCUUGAUCUUAUUUGUCCAGGAGAAGCUGGCUGCAUACCGCCACAACAAGGAAAGGCAGCCAUACCUUCAAACGCCAUCGACCAGGAAUCAUACAAUUGAAAGGAUGUGGUUAGAAGUAAAUCAAAGGGUAAAUUUUCCCCUGAAGACUGCGCUUGUUCAGAUGUGUGACCAGGAGGAAAUUUGUUUGGAUGACAGCUUGACAAAAUUCUGCACAUCCAACCUAACAUGUCACAUAUCCCAAAUUGGCCUCACAAAUUUUGUGAAAGCAUGGAAUGCCCACAGAAUUCCAGGAAAGGGGAUACCAAAUCUCCUCUGUGGUCAAGGAUGCCCGGCAAAGGUCUUGGAAGACAACCUACCUAUUGGUGAAAUUGCAGCAGACCUCUACCAGCAGGAAGUGGGGACAGCACUGACCAGAGAAGCCGUGUUUGGCACAGACCCUUUUUCCAAUGAGGAAGCCCGCAGAAAUGCUGAAAGCGAGUUUGCAUCACACUUUGAUCCCUUGUCACUUUUGCACAGUGCAGUCAACAACAAUUUCAGCCCAUUUCAGAAUGCACUUAGGUGUCUUAUUGAUAUCACUAGACAACAUGCUGCUUAA